AUGGAAGUGCGCCACGUGGCAGCGGCGAUCAACGAGGCGGCAAUCCAGCGGGCUCUGGAGAUGGUCCACCCGUUUGCUAGAGAGAGGUAUGAGAGAGAGGGGAAGAAGGUGGUAUUUGGGGAGGAUAAGAUCGUGCCGAUCGAUGAGUGGAUCAAAUCUGAUGUGGAGUGGUUACCUAAGGAGGGCUUGAAGGAAAGAGAUGCGGAGGAUGAUAAGGAAGGAGUAAUUGGAGAAAGAGGGGUUGUGGUGGUGAGGUCGCCUGUUUUGAUUACUGCUGAUGAGAUUCUUCCCGCGGAGCUGAAGGGGAGGUUUGGGGGAAUGCACUAUGUGAAGGUGAUUACUGUAGCUCGUGCCAUGCAGUGGAUUAUGCUUGAUGCCUUUAGCUACCCUGCGUGUGCGCGCUGCACGCGCUCGCUGUCGGAGUACACGGUGCAGGGCCAGCAGGUCGCCACGUGGCGUCCGUGGCCGUGCAGCGAGUGCCAGCUGUCAGACCGCUCCGCGAAGCCGCUAGAGACCAUCGAGCGGCAGGCACACCUGUUCAAGCUCGAGACCAGGCCGAUUCCAUCUUCCGUGUGUCAGUCGCCCCUCUCCUUUCCCCUCUCAUCUACCCCCCAUUCCCCACCGUCCCUCGUUCUUUCGCGAAUGUUCACAUUGCAAUACUCCCAACACACGUCACGGCAGCUGUUGCUGGUGAUCCCUGGGGAGUCCCACCCGGUGUUUGGUAUGGCGUUUGACAAGGCGGCUCAGCCCCUCUCCUCUUUCCCCCCUUCCCCCUCUUCCCUCCACACAGCAGCUGCUGCUGGUGCUACCAGGGGAGUCCCACCCAGUAUGAGGGACGCCGUGCGGGGCACUGGCCAUGAGACCAGGCUCACUCGCAUCGUCCCACUCCCCCUCUCACACUCACCACACUCCCCUGCUCUCCCAUCACACUCUCUCUCACACACCACUGAAGCGUCAAGGGUGCCGUCGCCUUUUGCGCAGCUUCAGCUGCUGUUUGGGGAGGCCGAGCAGGGUGGAUGGGGCUAG